AUUGCUACAAAGGAAAUAGCUAAGCUAGCUAGUUAGGUUAAUCAAGUAGCUUUGAAAAGCCAGAUAGCAAAGUAACUGACGCACCAGGGAAAACGGGAAUGUUUGCAAGCUGUAAAGCUAGUUAGAGAACGUUUUAAUUAGCUAGCUACCUUUCCGUGCAGUUGUGGCUGCAGGAAUGUUAAAUUCGUGAAGAUGUUGAACAGUUAGGAUCUCAGCACGGAUUGUUCAUAACGCAAACCUCGCUAACGGGAAAACGUUGAGGUUAAUUUAACUAGUCAACAAGCUAACAUAGCUAGCUAGAUAACGCUAAGUAACGUUAGUUACAAUACAUUGUUGCAGAAUUACUUGUUGUACUCAAAGAUUAAAAUCGCAUCCGCAGCCGUAUCAUUUUGAAUGUGUUAUAUGUAUCUUGACAGAUAGUUAAAGAAUUGGAAACUACCACCCAACUCGCUGCUAUUUAAGAUAGCUAACGCUAAUACGCCGUUUUAAAUUUUUCGUAAACGUGCCAGACGAACUCGAAAGAACGUAACUUCAGACUAGCCAAGCCUCUUAAGAUAGCUAACUAGCUAGAUAGUUAAGUAUUCGUCUUCACAUCGCAGCGUUGAAUGCUAGUUAGGUUGGCUGGCUAGCUGGCCUGCAUAUUGAAUAGACUUGUGCAACAACGACAUCAGCUGUUUUGUUGGUUAUCUUGUCUUGGUUAAUCCUGACAGCGGUGUAGUUAGCCUAGCUAAUACGGGAAGUAAAUUAUAAAAUUGAGUAACCUAUCUUAGGUUGGCUAACUGGCUCGCUAACCGCUAGCUAACUUUGAAAAACAAUGAAGACCGUAGAAAGAAACGUUGUGCGCCUUGCAGUUGUUCAGCAUCUUCGUGCAGCCUAUGGAAUAAAAAUGAAGAACUGGAACAAGGGUAAAACGAAUAGCAACAAGACAACCGGCAAUUCGGUGAAGGUUUUUGGGGUAGCAUUAGAAAGUCUACCACAUUGUUAUGUGCUAGACUAUGGAGACAUACCCUGCUUCCUUGUGGAUGCCUGUACAUAUCUUAUGGGUCAUUUAGACACAGAGGGCCUGUUUAGAAAAUCGGGCUCCAUUGUUCGAAUGAAGGCUCUCAGGGCAAAGUUGGAAAAGGCUGAGGAGUGUCUGUCCACUGCCCUCCCGCUGGACAUAGCUGGCCUCCUCAAGCAGUUCUUUCGUGACCUGCCUGAGCCGGUCCUGCCUGCAGACUUGCACGGUGCCUUUCUGAAAGCCCAGGAGCUGCCCACUGUGGAGGAGAAGACCUCGGCCACUGUCCUGCUCUCCUGUGUCCUGCCUCAUGAGAAUAUGAUCGUAUUGCGCUACUUUCUCAGCUUCCUGAAAAGGGUCUCUCUGAGAUGUGUGGAAAACAAGAUGGACAGCAGUAACCUCUCUGUAAUCUUUUCUCCAAACUUCCUUCACUGUGGAGAUGGCACAGAGAAAAUGAAUGCUAGCACUGAGAAGAGACUAAAGCUACAAGCAGCAGUUGUGCAGUUCCUCAUUGAUAAUGCUCAGAAUCUGGGUGCAGUGCCAGAGUUCCUCCUCGCAAAAGUUCCAGCCAUGCUGGGUUGUGAGACUGGAGUCUUUUCACCUUCAGAUGCCUUGGAGGAGGGAAGUGCAUCCUCAGGUGUAAAGAGAAGCAGGCGCAGUUUAGGAGAUAUGGUAAAUGGAGCUCUGAAUAAAUUUAAAAGUAGUAGAACCCCUUCAAAUACACCUCAGUCUGAUGGAACAGUCCAUUCAACUGGCACCCCUGUUGUCAUGACACCCAAGCGCAAACUGCCUGCGGAGUCAUCACAAAGCUAUGGGUUCUCCAACAAGAAGCACAGGUCUAUCAAGAAGAAUCUUGGCUUGGAACUCUUCCCCAGUACCUUGUUUGGAGGGCCAUCCACACCUGAAUCAGUGCACAGUGCAUCUGGGUCCCUUGACUCUCAGAGUGCCCUGUCCUCUGUGGGGAGAAGCAGCAGACUGUCUGCCAGCUCGGCAAAGAGAAAGAGUAAAAGACUAAACCACAGAAACAUUGGCAGGGUGGAAUCAGGGAAGGCUGGCUGCUUUUCUCCAAGAGUGACUAAAAAAGAGGCGACGAGAAAGUCUCUCCGUCUGCGUUUCAGCCUUGGGAAAACCAACCGCGAUUGUAGUGUCAUUUCACAUUCUCUACCUGUGCCAAAGGGGUCAGAGGUCAUUGGUUGGCGCCUUGCGACACAAGAAAGUGUUACCAGUUUUCACUUCACCAAAGACACUGUAUUUAAUCCAGCUAUUUUGAAAAACAGCAGCACUUCUUCAAAAGGCUCCAAGUACAUCAGCAAGUCUGAAGACAACCUACUGACCCCAUGCAAGACCACAGAGUCUUGGAGUGUUGAAACUCCAAAUGGAAACCUUUUUCCAGACACUCCCAUGAAUGUGUACCUCAAGACCAAUUACCGCUCGGAACCUUCCAUUGUUGUAAGCAAACCGCUUAUAGUAGGCAGCAUCCCAAAGGGCUUUUGCUGUGCUACCAGUGCUGAGAGCCUGGCUUGCUCGGAGUCUUGCAGUGAGGAGAACACUCAGACACUUGUCAAAAUGAGAAGUUAUGAAGAAUCUAGCAGUACCCUUCUGGCUACUGACAAGGACAACAAAGAAGAACCCAAAGAGAAAAAAGAACAUACUUGUGUGAAUAUUAUCUCUGAGUCAUAUAAAUUCUUUGUGGCAUCAGAAAGCUCAAGUCAACUGAAAGAAAGUGGUUCUCUUCACAUGCCACAGAAAGACUUGGUAGAUAAUUGUAAUGACACAUUUAAACAAUUUGAGAUUGGUCCCUUGUCUCCACUUCACAUAGACAGUGCUCUGUUUGAGCAUGAAGCUGCAGACAACUCGGUCUUAGCAAAAAACACCCAAGAAAGCUUUCCAGUUGCCGAAAAUGAGAGUAGCUCCUUGUUCAUGGACGGUUCAACUGGUCCUACAGGCAGCCGGCUGGUGGAUGCUCUAGAUAUCCAAAGCCCUAUGGCCUUCAAGCUCAUGAGUGCCAUCACAGUUCAGUCUACGCCACUUGCAGCAAGAGAGCGAAUAGAGGAGCUUGACAUAUCCCAACAUGAGUUCAUAGGGCCGUUGCUGUUAAACAAGUUUCCAGAACAACAUGGGGGGCCUAUACACAAUGAGCAAGAGUGUACUCGGGGUUCCAUUGAGCCCGGGCGGGUGAAAGUGGCUGACCAUGUCCAGCGAUUCAACAUGCUGACACUUGCCUCACCCAAACCCAGAGUGGCUCGAUCUCCUCUGAAGUUCCAGCGGACACCUGUGCGGCAGUCAGUCAGGAGGAUCAACUCCCUAGGACAGAGGAAAGAGACCAGGUCUGGGUGGUGUGCUGCUAGUCAAGGUACCCCUGUAGUAAAAGCAGUGAGCCUGGAAAGUGGCCUUUGCACUGGUACACCACAACUUCCCCAAGCCAAAGAUGUCUCCCACUGUCCUCCGCAUGAUAAAGGAGUCUUCCUAAAACCAAAGCUACCAGUACCUCCCAAAAAGCCAAGCACCUGCCACGGAAUCAGGCAUUGGGCUCUGGAAGAUGUAACCAAUACAGUGGCACCCAAGUUGAGGGGCAGUAUGCCAUCUGACGUUCAGCAGUCUUCACUGCUUCAGCCAGCUGAGAGGGACAUGAGUCACUAUAGGGGUUCCCCCAAGAACCCCUUGACUCAGUGCAAACUGCUCUCAGCUAUGAAACCUCUAGAUCUUUAGACUGUUAUACAUCUGAAAUAUGAUCUGGUAAAACAGAUCAACAUCUUAAUUCAAAUUCUUUUGUGAUUUCUUGUUUCUCCAACUUAUCUAUUCAGGGGUCUUAAUUUAUUUUACAUCGCAAAUUUGAUGUGUUCUUUGUUGAUUUGUUUUAGGGUAAUGUUUUCCUUUAUUUUCAAGUUUUUUGUAAAUCUGUCUAUCUUACUCAUAGUGUUACCUUUCAGCUUUUGGGUGUUAUCAUGGCAUUAGUGACCACUGAAGACCAAAACUGAACUUUCAAGACCAACCUUGUGCUUUAUGCAUUUUUGUGUAUUUAAGCAUUAAGCCCUUCACCUUGAUUAUACCUUGAUUUUGAGCUUAAGUUUUACAUGUUGGGCUAAUUGUGAACAUUUGACGGAAUAUUGGUGGGCGUAUUUGCUUAUUUAGCAGAAACUUAUGACAUCUUAAAACAUCAAUAUCCCAUGACUUAUACUGUUAUGACAAGGGAUCUGCAUGUUGUGUAAGGGGCUUUAGUCACUUAACUGUGAAAGAAAAUGUGCUUUAUUAUAUAUCCUGUAAUUUAAGUGAAAGUUUGUAUUGAGAAAGUGAAAGUGUGAACCAGGGGAAGUGUAAAGAAUGAUGCAGUUGGCUGUAUUUUAAGUAAUGUAUGUCUGAAUUUGAUUGAAGGGUUUUGGCUAGUAGUUGUAUUCACCUUUUAUUUAUUUUAUUUUAGGCUUAAAGGUUAGUCAUAAGUAGUGAUGUUAAUUAAGAAGUGGGGAAAAUAUUGUACCUCGAAAUGGAAUGUAAGAUUGAAGCAGUAUUACAGUAAAACAAUUAUCUUAAAAUC